UGCCAAACUCCUUUCCCCCGCCCCAAAUCUUCCUUAUUCCCCCUCCAAGAUGGAGGCGCUGGAGGUUUUGGGGGGCUACCCGACAAAGCCCUUAAACCCGAGAGCCCGAAUGGUCAGGGUUCUACUGAGUAUGACGGUGUGCAUGGGAUGUUUAUUAAUGCUACAUAGUUUUCUCAAAAUCUCCAAGUCCAGAAAGCCGCAAGAUUUCUAUUCUUUUGAGGUGAAGGACGCCAAAGGGAGAAGCGUUUCUUUGGAGAGAUACCGAGGCAAAGCGUCUCUGGUUGUCAACGUGGCGAGCCACAGCGAACACACUGAGGAGAACUAUCGCUUCCUGCAGGAGCUGCACCGGGAAUUGGGUACGUCCCAUUUCAACGUCCUGGCUUUCCCCUGCGGCCAGUUCGGGGACACGGAGAUGGGGGCCAGCCGGGACAUCGAGGCCUACGCCAAGAACACCUAUGGCGUCACUUUCACCAUCUUCAGUAAGGUCAAAAUCAUGGGGUCGGAGGCGGAGCCAGCCUUCAAAUUCAUAACAGAUUCUGUGAAGAAGGUUCCGAAGUGGAACUUCUGGAAGUUCCUGGUGAACCCCGAAGGCCAGGUGGUGAGGUUCUGGAAGGCAGAGGAGCCCGCCGAGAGUGUGCGUAAGGAGGCCGUAACCAUGGUGCGCCAGAUUAUUCUAAAGAAAAGGACAGAGCUCUGACGAGAUGGUGGGCUCUGAGAUGGCGAGGAGUAAGGACACCUCUGAUGUUUCCAGAGUUUCAGAGUUUGAAUUAAAGGUUAUGAGGUAUUAAUUAAGAUACAAAGUAAACUCUGUUGUUAGGUGCUGAGUGGUGACUUUAGGCCUAGUGCCUUGUGGUAUGGGAAAGGAUUUGCCAUUCUUUUCUGAAGAUGAUGAAGACUGAAGAUGAUGACUAUUGCAAUAAGAGAUUCAAGGGUGUGUGUGUGUGUGUGUGUGUGUGUGUGUGUGUGUGUGUGUGUGUGUGUGUGUGUGUGUGUGUGUGUGUGUGUGUGUUGUAAUGGCCCUACUGCCAUGAAUAUAAUAAAGUGUUAUGCCACUAAAAGGGUGACACUGAUAUUUCCUGACAACCACCAGGUCCAUAGUGAAUUCCCUGACAACAACCAGGUCCAUAGUGAAUUCCCUGACAACCACCAGGUCCAUAGUGAAUUCCCUGACAACAACCAGGUCCAUAGUGAAUUCCCUGACAACCACCAGGUCCAUAGUGAAUUUCCUGACAACCACCAGGUCCAUAGUGACUUCCCUGACAACAACCAGGUCCAUAGUGAAUUCCCUGACAACCACCAGGUCCAUAGUGAAUUCCCUGACAACCACCAGGUCCAUAGUGAAUUCCCUGACAACAACCAGGUCCAUAGUGAAUUCCCUGACAACCACCAGGUCCAUAGUGAAUUCCCUGACAACAACCAGGUCCAUAGUGAAUUCCCUGACAACCACCAGGUCCAUAGUGAAUUCCCUGACAACCACCAGGUCCAUAGUGAAUUCCCUGACAACAACCAGGUCCAUAGUGAAUUCCCUGACAACCACCAGGUCCAUAGUGAAUUCCCUGACAACAACCAGGUCCAUAGUGAAUUCCCUGACAACAACCAGGUCCAUAGUGAAUUCCCUGACAACCACCAGGUCCAUAGUGAAUUCCCUGACAACAACCAGGUCCAUAGUGAAUUCCCUGACAACAACCAGGUCCAUAGUGAAUUCCCUGACAACCACCAGGUCCAUAGUGAAUUCCCUGACAACCACCAGGUCCAUAGUGAAUUUCCUGACAACCACCAGGUCCAUAGUGAAUUCCCUGACAACAACCAGGUCCAUAGUGAAUUCCCUGACAACAACCAGGUCCAUAGUGAAUUCCCUGACAACCACCAGGUCCAUAGUGAAUUCCCUGACAACAACCAGGUCCAUAGUGAAUUCCCUGACAACAACCAGGUCCAUAGUGAAUUCCCUGACAACCACCAGGUCCAUAAUGAUUGGGAUAUUCAAGAGGAAACCAAUGGAAGGAUUUCUUAAGCACAUAAUUUCCCAUAUCAUGGCUUGCUAAACCAGUAUAAUAACCUCAAAGAACCACUACUAUGUGUAACAGAUAUGUCUGAUUUAAAGCAAGUUGUUACUCGUUUUGUCAUUGCCGUUGUCAGAUUAAAAGAAUGUUCUUUAAA